AUGGCAAGCUGAAAACGCGAGUCCUAUUACCUACUUAUGGAGAGCUUUGGCCAAUUGGAUUGGUGGAGUGGGUAUCGCAAGCCCAUUGGUUCUGUUGGAAUGUACGGUCUAAUGAAUGUCUUCCAAGCCUUCGGAAGUCUCUGCCUUCGACUAAGUCCAGGAGAACCUUGUCUUGGUGAUAGCAAUGUUUAUCUCAUCUCCGCGGUUCCGCCGCCAAUUGAAAGGAAGUUUAGACCGUUGACACCGAUCCAAACUUCUAGGGUAUUUUCGGUAUCUGGCAAUGCCAAUCCUCCUUCACCUCCCUCCCUUCCCAUCUCUUCCUCUAAUUUACCUCUUGAUGAUCUAAAAUUUGUCGAGACUGCCGCCUUUGUUAGUGACGGUGCCCUUGGCAAUACCCAACAGUAUGUACUUCUUUCUAAUUCUUUUCACCAGCCGGAGGGAACCGCGUAUGUUCUUUCUGCGGAACCCUCUCGGAGGUUUUGCGCCAGCAGCUCUGAACAUGCUGGUGUUUGA